UACAACAGAAGGCGCGUGAUGCACUUAUUUAGAGCAGCAGCUUCUAAGAAAUUUCCACCUUCCAUAAAUUCAUAACGCAUAAAACAAGAAAAACACCCAAAAAGAAUAUAUAUUUUUUUUUUCUAAAUAAUGUUUCCUAAACGUAACGGCUAUUUAUUUAAGGAUUUUAGGUAAACCACAUUGGGUACACGCAUUUUCUCGUGUAUUGCUCGGUAGUUUCCUCUUGGACCGACAUAAACAUCGUAUAAAGACGGCGGAGAUUUUCACCAUUGUCUUUCAUUCAGUUUCUUCCGAUAUUCGUUAAUCCCCUACGUCGCUUUCACAAAAUAGUUUCGGCUGAUUUCCGGUUCUCAGAGUUCCGGUUUAGUAAAUUUCGGUUUAACUGAACCAGAAGAAGAAGACAUGUCGAUGGGUUCCCAUGCAAAGAACGACAAACUCUGCGCUGAGUUUCUUCUCAGAAUCCCCAAAACGCUGAGCGAACCCAACAAGAAAUGGCACUUGGCCUUCCUCAAGAUCUACUGCUCAAGAACCCUCCUCCAUUGCGCCAAACCCGCCAUUCGAAACCGAGGUUUCCAUCCUCCUCCCCUCUCCUACACCGCCAUUGAUCUAGACCUUGACCAUGACCAUGGCCAUGAUCAUGGCUUCAAAGUCCAGCGCGAAACCCUCGAAGAUCUCGUCAAGAACAAGAACGGGGACAAACUCCGAGCCCUCGGCGGCCCGAGUGGCUUGGCCUCGGCCCUCGAGACUCAUGCCCGGCUCGGCAUCGAAGAAAACGAGGCGGAAAUCGAACGUAGACGUUCGGCAUUCGGGUCGAAUACGUACCCGAGGCCUCCUCCCAAGAGCUUACUGUACUUUGUGGUCGAAGCCUUCAAAGAUCUUACCAUCUUGAUUCUUCUGGGCUGUGCUGCUCUCUCUCUAGGGUUUGGCAUCAAGAAACAUGGCCUGAAGGAAGGUUGGUAUGAUGGAGGAAGCAUAUUCGUGGCGGUUUUUCUCGUAGUGGCUGUCUCUGCGGUCAGCAAUUUCAGACAGAGCAGGCAGUUCGAUAAGCUGUCCAAAGUGAGCAGCGAUAUCAAGAUCGACGUGAUCAGGAAAGGGCGGCGUCAGCAGAUUUCCAUCUUCGACAUUGUUGUCGGAGACAUUGUCUGUCUGAAGAUCGGAGACCAAGUCCCUGCGGAUGGAGUUUUCGUGGAAGGCCAUUCCUUGCAGGUGGAUGAGUCGAGCAUGACUGGAGAAAGCGAUCAUGUCGAGGUUAGUAUCGACAAAAACCCGUUUCUCUUUUCAGGAACUAAAAUCGCUGACGGAUACGGGAAAAUGCUCGUUACCUCUGUGGGGAUGAACACGGCUUGGGGACAGAUGAUGAGCCAUAUUUCCGGGGACACGGAUGAACAAACUCCAUUGCAGGCUCGUCUCAACAAGCUUACAUCGUCGAUAGGCAAAGUCGGUUUAUCGGUAGCAUUCUUGGUUCUCGUAGUCCUUUUGGUUCGAUAUUUCACUGGGAAUACCGAGGAUGAACAUGGAAACCGAGAGUAUAAUGGAAGGAAAACCAAGACCGAUGAUGUGGUGAAUUCCGUGAUCGGAAUCAUUGCGUCGGCUGUUACAAUAGUCGUGGUCGCCAUACCGGAAGGAUUGCCAUUGGCCGUGACUCUGACUCUGGCGUAUUCGAUGAAGAGGAUGAUGAAUGAUCAAGCCAUGGUGAGGAAGCUCUCAGCUUGUGAGACCAUGGGGUCUGCAACAACUAUAUGCACGGACAAGACAGGGACAUUGACACUGAACCAGAUGAAAGUGACAGAGUUCUGGUGCGGUCUGGACGGCGGGAAAUGUUCCUCCCUGUCUCUGUCAGAGAAAAUCAUUGGAUUUUUCCGUCAAGGGGUCGCCAUGAACACGACAGGCAGCGUCUUUAAACCUAAUGCUGCAGGAUCCGAGUAUGAAUUCUCCGGCAGUCCAACUGAAAAAGCGAUACUGUGCUGGGCGGUCGAAGAACUGAAGAUGGAUAUGGACGAAGUGACAAAGGGAUGUGACAUUCUUCAGGUCGAAGCCUUCAAUUCGGAGAAGAAGAGGAGUGGUUUCCUGAUGAGAACGAAAGGCGAGCGUUCGGUUUAUGUUCACUGGAAAGGAGCGGCUGAGAGGAUCGUUGCUAUGUGCUCCAAGUUCUACGACGCUUCUGGAAACCUGAAAAUCAUGGAAACAGAUGAUCAGAUCAAACUCGAGCAGAUUAUCCAAGGCAUGGCAGCUAAAAGCCUUCGCUGCAUCGCCUUUGCAUAUGCAGAAAUUCCGGAAGAAGAACAAGAUGACGUUAUAGAACACAAGAAGCUGAAAGAAGAGAACUUGAGUUUACUCGGGAUCGUGGGCAUCAAGGACCCGUGCAGACCUGGGGUGAAAAAAGCGGUGCAAGACUGCCAAUAUGCGGGUGUAAGCAUCAAGAUGGUAACGGGGGACAAUAUAUUCACUGCCAAAGCCAUUGCUGCGGAAUGUGGGAUCUUGACACCCAUGGAUGAUGCAGUGAAAGGAGCUGUGGUAGAAGGAGAGGAGUUCAGGAACUACACUCACCAAGAACGACUAGAGAAGGUGGAGAGGAUCAAAGUCAUGGCAAGAUCUUCGCCUUUCGACAAGCUUUUGAUGGUCCAAUGCCUUAAAGAGAAAGGCCAUGUCGUGGCAGUGACGGGUGAUGGCACAAACGAUGCACCGGCUCUGAAAGAAGCCGAUAUAGGACUGUCAAUGGGGAUCCAAGGGACGGAAGUGGCUAAAGAGAGCUCAGAUAUCGUCAUCCUAGAUGAUAACUUUGCUUCCGUGGCAACGGUUCUCAAAUGGGGAAGAUGCGUUUACAACAAUAUCCAAAAGUUCAUCCAGUUUCAGCUCACGGUUAAUGUCGCAGCCCUUGUGAUCAACUUCGUGGCCGCGGUUUCAGCCGGGGAGGUCCCUUUGACAGCAGUCCAGCUACUGUGGGUGAAUCUGAUCAUGGAUACUCUCGGAGCACUGGCUCUAGCCACCGAGAAACCCACAAACGAGCUCAUGAAGAACCCGCCGGUUGGAAGAACAGAGCCGCUCAUCACCAACAUCAUGUGGAGGAAUCUGCUCGCUCAGGCUCUUUACCAGAUAUCCAUCCUGUUGAUAUUCCAGUUCAGAGGGAAAUCCAUCUUUGGAGUAACCGAGGAGGUGAAGAACACAUUAAUCUUCAACACGUUCGUUCUCUGCCAGGUCUUUAACGAGUUCAACGCGAGGAAGCUCGAGAAGAAGAACGUCUUCAAGGGGAUACACCAGAACAAGCUGUUCGUCGGCAUCAUCUUCGCAACCAUUGUUCUGCAGGUGGUAAUGGUCGAGUUCUUGAAGAAGUUUGCCGAUACGGAGAGGCUGACUUGGGGCCAAUGGGGAGUCUGUGUGGCGAUUGCGUCCAUCUCAUGGCCGAUCGGGUGGCUGGUGAAGUUCAUUCCGGUUCCAGAGAGACACUUCUUCAGCUACCUGAAACGGAACAAGACAGCAUGAAUCUGUACAUAUUUCUGGAGUAGAAUACACAUUCAUAUGGAGCAUUAGACUGUUUAGAUGAAUUAUUUUUAUUUCAAUGUUUGAAAAUUUUAAUAUUUCAUUAUAAAGAAGAGAUGGGUUUUUUUCCA